AUGGCGGCUUCCACCCUCGGACUGGAGAGCCUCCUCUCGCCCUUGAACCUCUCCUCUUUCUCCACUCCCCCACCGAUCGCGGCGGCACCAAAGACAUCGCUAGCUCUCCGGCCUUCUCCGCUUCCUCGGAAGCCGCUCUCUUCCCCGAUUUCAUGGCGGAGGGCGUCGCCGCAGUUCUCCGUGAGGAGUUCUUCCACCCCCUCCACCGCCGAAGGACUCGAGAUCAAAUCGGUCCCCACCAAGCCAGUCGAAGGGCAGAAGACCGGGACCAGCGGCCUGAGAAAGAAGGUUAAGGUUUUUCAGCAGGAGAACUAUCUGGCAAACUGGAUUCAGUGGCACAGGCGCUAUUUAAUUCUCUUCCGCCGGAGGACUACAAAGGAGGCUUGCUGGUGUUGGGAGGUGAUGGUCGCUACUUUUAAUCGAGAGGCUGCUCAGAUCAUCAUCAAGAUCGCUGCAGGGAAUGGUGUUGGAAAAAAUUCUAGUUGGCAAGGAUGCCUUAUGUCGACUCCAGCUGUUUCUGCUGUGAUUCGUAAACGAAAGAUUUCUGAAAUAAAAAUAGCAGAUAUUCAAGAUAUUGACCUCUCCUGUCUAGGAGUUACAAACUCUGGUGGCUUCAGUGUAGAGGUGAUAGAUCCUGUUUCUGAUUACUUGGAGUUAAUGGAGUAUGUGUUUGAUUUUCAACUUCUCAAAGGUCUUCUUUCGCGACCUGAUUUCAGGUUUAUAUUUGAUGCCAUGCAUGCGGUGACUGGUGCAUAUGCAAAACCUAUUUUUGUGGAUCGACUUGGAGCUAGUCCGGAUUGCAUUUCAAAUGGAGUGCCUUUAGAAGAUUUUGGGCAUGGACAUCCAGACCCUAAUCUUACGUAUGCUAAAGAUCUGGUUAACAUUAUGUAUGCUGUGAAUGCACCUGAUCUAGGAGCUGCAAGUGAUGGUGAUGGUGAUAGAAACAUGAUUCUUGGAAGAGGCUUUUUCAUUACGCCAUCAGAUUCUGUUGCAAUUAUCGCAGCUAAUGCACAGGCAGCCAUUCCCUACUUUAAAAAUGGCCCGAAGGGUCUUGCCAGGUCUAUGCCAACUAGUGGUGCUCUUGAUCGUGUUGCGGCAAAACUGAAUCUUCCAUUCUUUGAGGUUCCUACUGGAUGGAAAUUCUUUGGGAACUUAAUGGAUGCAGGGAAGAUUUCUAUCUGUGGGGAAGAAAGUUUUGGAACAGGAUCCGAUCACAUUCGUGAGAAGGAUGGCAUAUGGGCUGUCUUGGCUUGGCUUUCGAUCAUUGCUUACCAAAACAAGGACAAGAAGGUCGGGGAGAAGUUGAUCUCAGUUGCAGAUGUUGCAAAGGAGCACUGGGCAACCUACGGCAGGAACUUCUUUUCCAGAUAUGAUUACGAGGAAUGUGAAUCUAAUGGCGCCAAUCAAAUGAUGGAGUACCUGAGGGACCUGAUUUCUAAAGCUCAAUUUGGAGAAAAAUAUGGUACUCAUGCUUCUGGUGCAGGAAACUAUACCCUUCAAUUUGCUGAUGACUUUAGCUAUACUGAUCCAGUAGAUGGCAGCGUAGCAUUGAAGCAAGGCCUCCGCUUUGUAUUUACAGAUGGAUCAAGGAUUAUAUAUCGUUUAUCGGGCACUGGAUCAGCAGGUGCAACUAUACGCAUUUAUAUUGAACAAUUUGAGCCUGAUGUCUCCAAGCAUGAGAUGGAUGCACAGAUAGCAUUGAACCCCUUGAUAGUUAUUUCACUAUAUUAUGCAACAAAGGACUUACCGACUGUUGAUGGUGUCUUAGAUUUGGCAUUAUCAAUUUCAAAGCUAAAGGAGUUCACUGGCAGGGAGAAGCCCACGUCAUCAGCGAGUGCUGAUCGUUUACACAGCAACGACCAGUCAUUGAAAGUAUUCAACACCGCGGUGGCAACUGAUACCAAGGGAGAGGAUUUUCGGAGAAAUAAUCUUGCAUUGCGUUCCCUCCAAUAA